UUUUUGUUAUUUUCCAGUUCUUCUCUUUCUGCAUCCAUUGUCUGAUGUUUCUUGCUAGUGAUAGCUCUUUUCUACACAUUCCCUUCCUUAUAUUUUCAAUUGGAGUAUGAGUAUAGCACGCUCUCCUUCUGCAUCAUGCUGAGUACUUUAUGUUUAUCUUUUCCAUGGACACAUAGACCAUAUUUCAGGUGGGGUGAACAUUUAUCAUUUCCUAAAAUCGCCUGAAAACAUCAACGCCACCGAAAAGCCACUGCCCUACAGGUACUGGUACCCCUUCGACCGCAACAAGUACUACUUGGUCGCCUUGGUGGACCAAAAUAUCAGGCCGACGCUGAGUUUGUUUUGCAUUGGAGUCACUAGCGCGUCGCUGAACUCAUUAGCGAUAUUCGUCAGCGUCCAGUUAAAAGUGCUGCAGCACCAAUUCGAGCACUUUCACCGGCAGGGGCAGGAAGCCCUGGAUAGCCUGAAGCUGCUGUGCGAGAAGCAUCAACGUUUGAUCGGAUAUACCACCGAGUUCAGCGAAUCGUUCAAGUACAUUGUGAUGCUGGAUUAUACGGUCUGCUCGCUUACGUUCGCGCUGCUGAUCCUCCAGAUUAUAGCCGGUGAGGAAUUGUUGAUCAAGUUCACCAUACUGACGUUCACCACGCUGCAGCUGAUGACAUUUUCGUGGAACUGCAACGAGAUAAUACUGCAGAGUAUGGAGCUAGCGAAAGCUCUCUUUAACAGGGACUGGUAUAACCAGAAUCGACACGCGAAAAUUUUGAUCCACGUGAUGAUGAUGAGGUGCCAGAAACCGCUGAGUCUGCGUAUCGGUUGGUUGGGAGUGAUGGAUUUGGAUGCCGGGAUAUCUAGGCUGAAAUUGGGUUAUUCGUACACCUCCAUCAUGAAAAAUUAAUGGCUCCCAACGAAGUGGAUAUAGGAUGUAGGCUUUAGAAAUCGAAAUAAAAUGUGC